UUUCCUGUAUGACGAACAUGGAAUGUUGGUGUUGAUAUUGCCUUACUGUCGCUACCAUGUCUCAAGUUGAAGAUUUCUAUUAAGUCAUGACUAUUUCUCCCGUUAAUGUCCCUACUCUUAUCAAAGAUUUGCAAAGAAUAGUUGUUGAGCUAAGGGAAAGCGAUCAGGUUAACUUAUCACUGACUUAUGCUCAUCGUGUUGCCGAUAUCAUACAACGAAGGGGCGGCGACACUCCUUCGCGCCAUGUCCCGGGGCAGGACACCGAGACAGAACACAAGGAGAACAGGAAUCGGCAGCUUCGCGACCUAGACAAUGAGAACCGACAGCUUCGUCAGCUUUAUGAAGAUUCACAAUGGACGUUACAUCUCGUCAUGGAAGCACACCGAAAAGAGCUUGAGUCUCAUUUUGGACAACAUGAAAACACCCUUCUGCCUGGCAGUCAAAACGAUGAUGAUGUGGAAGGCUUGAAAAAUCGGUUUCAUAAAAGUGUCGCUCUUAUGGCUAGAGACGUCAACGAAGUUUUUCGACAUGAACAGCGGAUAAACGAAGCUUUUUCUAAGAGGAUAGAGGACUUAGCUUUGGAAAACGAGGUUCUUCGAUGCGUUCUUGAAAGUCAGUCCGAAGAAUCAGCCGAUGCAGUGAUUGAACGACUGGAGCGCAGGCGUCGUGUUUCGUUGUGAUUUGACAUCAUCUUGCAAACCAGUAAAAGCUACGACUGCGUUAGCCAUUGUGAAUGGCUUGCCUAGUUAAUUGACUACUGAUAAGAGCAUGGGCUUUCGGGACAUCGUAUCUCUAUCGUAAAUGUGAUUUUUUGUACCAAUAAUAACCAUUAGUCUUUGUCUUCAACAACCGACUUUGCAAUACAGGAUUUGUACUCAGUCGGUAUUGGGUAGGAAUGCAAGCAAGACGGCUAUUUGAUAAUCGAGAUGAUUUACAAGUGAAAAAAUGUACGCUGUGAGAAUAGGAUGCGCAGCAUGUACUAGCAUCACUCGCAUUCUCAAAAGUGAAAUCGGGAGUGCGCUUCCGUACAUAAUCGUAACAAUUUGUCAUGUUGUCGUAAUGAGUUACCAUUAUCUAUUUCAUAAUGUUCUUUCAGCAUCCCUCUUGCUUGCAUACCUUUGCACUAUCAACCAACCCUAUAGAUAGAUGUCUUCAUGAUUGUCGCAUUUGUGUGUAAUGUUGAUAGUCUGCAUUUCAAAAAAAUUUAUGGAAAGUUGCAUAUACUCAACAUAUACGUUCUCUUAUUAUUGCAACAUUCUAGCCCUGGUUUACUGUGGUCAGUGGUUUGACUUAUGCUAGAUUACGAUGCCGCCUUUGCACGAUUCUUGAUUUCCUUACUGUUUGUGUGAUGUACUUCAUUGGUUUUAUGCUGUCAUGUUC